AUGGCUAACGAAAAAGAUCAAGAACAAUGUGUAAAUACACGUAAAUUAGUUCUUUUUGUUGGAUGGAACGUUCGAUUGUGUUUCCAACGUGCAAAGAAAGAAUUAAUUAUGGAUCAACUGGAAAAAUAUCAUGUACAAAUAGCUGCACUCAGCGAAUGUGGAAUGUUGGAUUCUGGAAUAUCAUAUGUUGGCAAUUAUACAUUCAUUCACUCCGGUGCAAGUGGUAAUAACAAAACUCGAAAAGCUGAUGGUGUUGCAAUAUGCCUGAAUAAACAUGCAACAAAGAUAUGGAAAACGUCUGGAUCAAUAUGGAAAGCAAUUAACUCAAGAAUCGUUACUGUUCAUUUAAAAUGCAAUCCUAUUAACAUCACAAUAAUUGCUUUAUAUGCGCCGGUAAAUCGUAUAAAUGAUCAAAAAGAAGAAGAAGAAUCAUCCGACGCUCUCUACGACGAUCUUCAACAAGUCAUUGGCAAAAUCAAAUCGGCAAUACAAUGGAAAAAUAUAUCAGAAGCGAUACAGAAGCCUCACAAACUUAGUCAAGAAAAAGGUGAAAACGCGCCAGGUGGAAUAUUGGGAUGA